CGCGGCGUGCUUGCUCUAUUCGAGGAUAUUCAAGCUAGUGAGCGCACUGGUGAACUCCUGAAUCAAGUUGCCCGUCAAUUACUUUCCGUCAAAAAGCGAUUGGGAAGUAUUACAUCAGAGAUAGAGGUUGCAAAGUCCACAUUCAUCUUCGGGCGGCAAUUUCGAACACCCAAAAUAUAUGUGAAAGAUUUUGGAGACCGACGACUAGCACUCAAACGCAUCGCUCAUGAAUCCGAGGCAUACGAGAUAGGAACGCAACACUAUCGAAACGUCAUUAGUGAACUCUUGUCUAAGAUUAGUCGCUUACGUAGUGGACAGCCAGUCUAUACCGACGAAGAAGACCGGCUUCCUAUAGGUGCUAUCAAUGCAAUAACCGGUGAUCACAAAUUUCCGCAACGCGAUAAAGCCCUUGAUAGGGACGGAUCCCCGAUACCCAUCCUUUGGCGAACAUGA